AUGCCAGUUACAGCAAUUAGAAAGUAUGUCAUGACCCGCGGCAAGAUGGAGACUUUGGAGGAAUUCGCUUCCAAGAAUGAAUGGGUUCUCUCUGACACAUUGGCAUAUGAACAAGAGCAAGACUACCCCGUCAACUGCGUUUCCGUCUAUUACGCUGUUGAUUUGGAGGCCAAGCAAAUCACCGACAAAUAUUUCAUUGCUACAUACCAUCCCACCUACAAGAACACAUUCAAGGAAGUCAGCGUUGCUUGGCUGGAAGAGUAUUUCUCGGUGGAGGCGGGCGAUUUAUACCAAUUAGACAACCCUGAAGAAAAUAUCAUAGCUCCAGGUGGUGAGAUCUUUACAUUGCUGAAUGCCAAAGAUCACAUUGGUGUUGUUGCUAUGCUGAAUCAUGGUGCCACUGUUGAACUGGGCAAGAUGGGCGUCAAGAAGCAAUACAAUGGCAAGGGCCUUGCUCAUCCAUUGAUGUUUGAGGGUAUUCGAUGGGCUAAAAACCAUCACAGCCAAUUUCCCCAUAUUGAUAUCUACACUGCAAAGCACUUGAUUCCCGCUGUGAACUUGUACAGAAAGUAUGGUUUCGAGGAUGCCCCUAUUGGAGGUUAUACUAAAUUUGCCAGAGUUGAUUUGGCUAUGCGAUUGACAUUUUAG